GUGUGGUUAUACUGCUGAGUAAUUUUGCAGAUAUCCUGUACAGAGCCCGGACGUAAUGUAAAGUUGGAUUACAGUAAAUCAGACCUCUGGGCAGUUGGAUCACUUGCCUAUGAAGUGUUUGGCCAAGACAAUCCAUUCUAUGGCGGUUUGAGAAUUACGAGGAAACUUGACGGGAGAACAUACCAGGAUGAUGACAUUCCAUCGAUGUUGGGUGACGUCCCUGAUGUUGUCAGGUUCUUCGUUCCUAGGAUGCUUCGUCGCAAUCCAACUCAGAGACCAGAGCCGGAAAUGGUGGCAAAUAUUCUCCAGAUAUACCUACACUUCCCGGAAUGGCUGCGUCCUGGAAACCGACCAUCAAAAAAACACAUUACUGAAAGUUUGAUGAUACUAGUAGCCCAGAUGUUGAUUGGCUGGAAAUCAAGAGGUGAAAGGUCAUUUUCAGUCAAGGAACAACUACAGUUGACCUUUCUAAGGAGAUUGGUUAUCUCUGAUUUAGUCAAGGCUGUGGCGUAUUACCAUGGAAACUGACUUUGAACAGUGAUAUUCUGUGAUUUCAACCAGAAAGAUUUCUCCAUUUUGUUUGAAGGAUGAACAAUUUCCUUUUCUGUUUUCAAUGUUUUUAAAAUUAUUUGUAAUUGUGAUAGACUCCUUGUUAUGUUUUUUCUUCGGUUUAUUUUUCAGUUGCUCUGUACAGCUGAAUAAACAAUGUUUUGGGGCGAUCCAUUUCAGUGAUGGCAGUUCAGCAAACGAUCAAGACUGAUAAAAUUGUUGAAACAAAGUUAAUAUAUAAAAACAGCUUGGAAUAAAAAAUAAGGAUUCGUUUUUGCUCAAAGAAUGAUGUAGAAAACAUUAUUUAAAGUUAUUACAGUCAGCAAUAUUAUAUUAUUGAUACCCUAUUUGGUCUUGAAUUAUUAGAACCACUUUUGUAUAUUCAAACCUGCAUGUUAUUUUGCUGUUAAUUAAGUCUUCUAAUUUGAA